UGCCUCUCGAUGAAAUCUGACAGCCAUGGCGCACUGUUUCUUUCCUUGCUACUACUUCUGAUGCACCACGAUUUUUCUUUCGUUCGUUCAUCUCGACCGUAGUGUCAAGAUAAUUACAUCUUUUGUUGUAAUGGCCGAUUCAUCAUCACUAUCAACGGCGCCGGUCCGGGAUACUGCAGAUACUGCCUCGUUAACCGGCAGCAUCCGCCAUGCGGCCGGCUCACCUCCGUCCGAAACCGCCAAGUCGCAGCCCGCAGACGUAGUAUCCCCGCAAGACGAUUCCAGCUCGACGGAUGCCGCCAAAGAGACCACCGCCGCGAAUCCCCUCGAGGUGCCCCAGUAUGUGAGUGGCCUGAGGCUGGUGAUGCUGACAUCGUCCGUCACGCUCGCCGUUUUUCUGAUGAUGAUCGACACGUCCAUCAUCUCUACUGCCAUCCCUCGAAUCACGGACGAAUUCCGCUCCCUCUCAGACGUCGGCUGGUACGCGAGCAUCUACCAGCUGGCCAGCGCUGCGUUCCAGCCGCUGUCGGGCAAGAUCUAUGCCAAGUUCAGCACCAAGUUCACCUUCCUCGUCUUCUUCGCCAUCUUUGAGCUCGGAUCCCUCAUCUGCGGCGCGGCAACCUCGUCGGCCAUGCUCAUCGUCGGACGUGCCGUCGCGGGCAUGGGCUGCUCCGGCCUCAUGAACGGCGGUCUGGUCAUCAUUGCCACCGCCGUACCCCUGGAGCGGCGGCCGUCCCUCACGGGGAUCAUGAUGGGCUGUUCGCAGCUGGGCAUCGUCAUCGGCCCGCUCAUCGGCGGCGCCUUCACCUCGUACUCGACCUGGCGGUGGUGCUUUUACGUCAAUCUGCCCAUUGGGGCAGUGGUUGCUUUUGGCAUGCUGCUCGUUCCGAUCCCGGAUCAGUUCGCCAUGCCCCGUCCGCUGGACGUUCUCAGGAGGCUCCACCAUGAACUGGACCUGGUCGGGUUCGCCCUCAUCGCCCCGGCCGCUGUUCAACUCAUGCUUGCCUUGCAGUGGGGCGGCAGUCAGUACCCGUGGAACUCUCCAACCGUCAUUGGACUGUUCUGUGGUGCCGCGGGUACGGCGCUGGUCUGGGGAGUUUGGAAUUGGUACCGCGGCGAUGAGGCGUUGAUACCCCUGUCUUUGAUCAGGCAGAGGGCUCUGUGGGCUGCUGCACUCACUCAGUGGUUUCUCUUGACCACGGUAUAUGCCGCGUCGUUCUUCUUACCCAUCUACUUCCAGGCCGUCUUCGGUGCCACCCCGAUCAUGAGCGGCGUCUACGUAUUGGCCAGCAUUCUCAGCCAGCUUGUGGCGGCGGUAGUGUCAGGUGUGCUAGUUGAACGGACCGGGUACGUCAUACCGUACGCCAUGGUCGGUGGUGCCUUGGGCGCAAUCUCAAACGGCCUCUACUCGACGUUUACUCCGACCACACCUACGGAGCGGUGGGUGGGAUACCAGAUUCUCAAUGGUAUCGGCCGCGGAGUGGGCAUGCAAAUGCCGAUUCUUGCCGUUCAAGUCGCCGUCAAGCCGCACCUGCUGUCCAUCGGCAUGUCGACCGUCGUUUUUAUCCAGAGCCUGGGCGUCGCAAUCAUGCUUUCUGCGUCCGAUACCGUAUUUCAGACCAUCCUGGAGCACGAGCUACCGAUUCAAGCACCCCUUGCAGACGCUGCCGCAAUCAUUUCCGCCGGCGCGACCCAUUUCCGCAGCAUCGUCAGCGAGCGGGAUCUGCCCGGCGUGCUGGCGGCCUACACCCUCGCCGUCGACCACGUCUUCUACCUGGCUGCUGCCGUCACGGGCCUAGCGGUGUUUUCGGCGAUGUUCCUUGGAUGGACCGACCUGCGCAAGGUCAAGAAGGUCACCGUCGUCGAUGCGGAGCAACCGAGGGAGAAGCCCCUGAAAUCUGAAGACAGGGCCGAGACUGACGGGGGGCUAAAAUCCGUAGACUGAGGGCAUAGAGGCCAUGAAGGACUACUAUCCGCACAGCUAGAUACCUUGCACCUAUCUAUAGACUUGUAGAGAUUGGUUCGCGGCGUUCGCUCUCCGGUCGGUUAGCGGUGAUGGCGCAAAUCUGGUAGAGUUGAGAGUAAAGCUAAUGGCUGAGCGCCUCUAUAGUGCCAGACAUUCUUUUCUCUGCCAUCACUCUCCCAUCUUUCACUCUAUGUGGUAGAUAC